AUGAAUUUAUUAAUAAUUUAUAAAGAUGGUAAGAAAAAAAAGAAGCCAACUACCUUAUCAUAUGGAUUUGAUAUUGUAAUUGAUAUUGCUAGAAGAAUAAAGGGCAUAAAUCAUGAGCCAUCUGUAACUGGACCAAGCAUAUUAUUAGAGAAGUUUGAUUCUAGAGUUGAUGAAUUUCUUAAAAAUAUGACUGUUGAACUAAUUGAAGAAUGA